GGUAGACAAAAGUGCUGGAGAAACUCAGCGGGUGCAUCUAUGGAGCGAAGGAAAUAGGCAACGUUUCGGGCCGAAACCCUUCUUCAGACCGGAUGGGGAUUAUCUUUAGUGUGAGUGCAAAAUUAAGGUAGGUUUUAGAGCUAUUAUAUUUUCUCCUCCAUAUGAAUAACAUUAAACAAUAUCAAAUAAUAUCAAACAAUUAGAACUUCUUUCUUUUCCUUGAUGACAAUACUGAAAAAUAUGAAUUCCAUAGUAUGUGACUAUAAAUAUACAUUUUAAUGGGAUCAUUAUAUACAGAUGUAACAUUUCCAUUUUAUGAUCGAGAAGCUGAGCAGAGCAGAGGAAUCAGAGCUGCCAAGGAAAGAUACUCUGAGAAGUUGAGGAGCAAGUUCUCAGCUAGUGACUCUUCUUCAGUUUGGAAGGACAUGCAAGAAAUCAUCAGCUUUAAGAGGAAAGCCCCCCGCUCUUAUCUACCAACCUCUAACUGAGCCUCAAGCUCAUCUACUUUACUUCUUAUACUUCGCGCAUUCAAAUACAAUACUUUUAAUUCAUUACGCAUCUCACCUUUCACAUCGAUCCCUAUUACACUUGGCCAUACUCUCCUAUCCCUUUGUGAGCUUUCUUUCCCGUUAAUUCCAGGGCCAUUAACUAUCUCUUUACUCCCUUUCCCUUUAACUCUGUCCUUGACUAUCCCAUUUGACACCACCACCCCCCCCCCCCCCCCCAUCUAGUUUAAAACCAUCAGAUCCUUAUCUCCAGCAGUAAGAAAUGUGGUUGGUUUGAGUUUUGUAAUAACAACUCAUAACCCUUAAAGCAGAAAUAUCUUCCAUUUGCCAACCUCUUUGGCAAGUUUCACUGAGGACGUGAGGUCUUACUAAACAGCCUUGUGCUUACGAGCCAGGUUCACAAAGACAAUAAUGGAGCUGUCAAACAGCACGGGAGAAGCUGAUCUCUCUAUCAUCACAGGAGUUCGGGUAGCAACAAGCAUCAUCUUUGGAGCAACUUGUCUCAUUGGGAUCCCCGGCAAUUCCAUCGUCAUCUGGGUGAUAUUGUUCAAGAUGAAAAGGCGACCGUCCACCAUUCUGCUCAUCCUCAACCUGGCCAUCGCAGAUCUCGUCGUUCUGAUCACGUUGCCCCCGUGGAUUUACUCCAUCAACAACGGCUGGGUCUUUGGUGAGAUUUCGUGCAAGGUCCUCACCUAUCUGAUCUACUGCAACCUGUACGGCAGUGUGUUCUUCAUCACGCUGAUGAGCGUGGAUCGCUUCAUGGCGGUCAUCUAUCCAUUCGCCUCCCAACGCUGGCGGAAGGAGACAUCUGUUUGCAAGGUAGUGCCCGUGGUUUGGACACUGCCCUUUCUCUUUGCUGUCCCUGUUAUUCUAGUGAAAAGGGUUCAGACUAUCGACGGCCAGCCCACGUGCUCAGCCCACAAGUACGAUUCGAAAGCCCUGCAAAUUACUUCACUUGCGGUGGAGACAUUCAUUGGGUUUGUGAUUCCUCUCACGGUGCUUGCUAUCUGCUACGCUCACGUCGCUAGAAGGGUGAGCCAAAUGACCUUCAAGAGUAAAAACAGGUCUGAGAUGCUGAUCGCCAGCAUCGUCAUAGCAUUUGUGAUCUGCUGGCUUCCUUCCCACGUGUGCAACGUGAUUCAAUUUACCUCCCUGAUGGUGGACCCGGGUUCGGAUGCAUUUAGCGUACUGGCGCAUAUUUCCAAGUUCGGGUCGUACGUAUCUGGGGCAUUAGCCUUCAUCAGCAGCGCCAUUAACCCACUGCUCUAUGCGUUCGCUGCCAAGAGUUUACGGAACGGUUUUCGGUCUUCGGUGAUGGUAAAAGUCUUUGAGCAAAUGGCUCAGUCCACAAAAGACGAAUACGCCAUGGAGCGCUUUAAUACUACAAAAGUGUAAAGUAUCCAAGAUCUGUAAACCAAUUUGGUGUUAAUCAUGUGUUGCAUUCACUCCUGAAUGAAUAUCCAUGGCUAAAACUGUGCAGGACAUGAGUAAAUUGCUGCAGAAAUAACUGGAUGACUUGCACUGAACCCUAGAGAUGACACAGUUUCUACAUAGAAGUAAAUGAUACAUCUGUUGCACCAAAGAUUGCCUGGUAAAUUUUUUAUUGAAAAGUUUGUACUAAUAGUUUACAUCUUUGAGUGCCGCAGAAUUUAACUAACAUUUUAUUAGAUCAUAAAGCAUUUCAAUCCAGCGAAUAAUAACAUUUAUGUAUUUUUUCCUAUUGCCUUUCUAGUAUCAGCACUUGUAGCUUUUCUUCCCCUUUUUAGUUUAUUUUCAAGAUAGUGUGGAAACAGGCCCGACCAAUGAUCACCGGUACACUAGUUCUAUCCUACACAGUUGCAACAAUUUUACAGAGGCAAGCUUAACCUGCAAACCUGCAGGCCAUUGGAAUGUGGCAGAACCCGGGGAAAACCCACACGGUCACAUGGAGAAUGUACAAACUCCAUACAGACAGCACCCACAGUCAGGAUCGAACACGGGUCUCUGGCGCUGGAAGGCAGCAACUCUACCGCUGCGCUGCCGUGCCACCCUUCUGCCUUCUGUCCUUGUUGAUGGCAUACAUCUUCAAGGUCCCGAGCACUAUUUAACAAAGAAACAUGUAGUCAACCUUCAGCAAAUCUUCUCUAAAUUUGCAGUAAACCAACAUGGUCUAAAAAAUGACAACGUUAUCUAUCCACAAAGAACUAAAACUGCAUGUACUGAACUUUUCAAGUUUGUUACGAGCAGAGAAGGAAUUCUGGUGAAGUAGUUCGUACAGACACAAACAGGACACAGUUGGAAUUGAAAGCUAGUCUGAGGAAGGGUUCUGACCCGAAAUGUCACCUAUUCCUUUUCUCCAGAGAUGCUGCCUGACCCGCUGAGUUACUCCAGCAAUUUGUGUCUAUCUUUGAAAUUUGACUACCCAUCCUCCCUGCACCGCCGCACAAGACUAUCAACAACAACUUAAAGGGCAACACAUGAGGAACCAAGAUGGUGCCUAAUUGCUGGUUGUACUCGCUUUUGCAAGUCAUCAGAACUCUCUCUAUCCAACAACUUUGUACAAUGCUGAUCAACUCAGACUUUGCCCUCUCAAAGCAUUUUUCUUGUGCUAAUAGUCAAACAUUGAUCACUUCCAUAUCGUACUUUGAUUGAACUACGGAACGCAAUCAGGAAAGGGUUUUGUCAAACAAAUUGUCAUGGAUUUAAUCUAUGUGAUUUAUUGUAUGGAGGAUACAGUUUAACAACUUUCAUUUGUCUUUGACUGAUUCCUGUAUAGAUUCGUAAUGUCAUUCCUUCAAGUGAGUGCUGGAGUAAGUUAUGCUCAAUAUCACUUAGAGUUAAAUAGUGAAUGAUACUUCAAGUUGAAGGGCAGCUUUAAGGGAACUCCAGACAGGCGGUCGACUGUACUGAUGGGGAAGGGUUCCUUCCAGCGAUGACUGGAGUAAGUUGCAUUCAGUGUCAGAAUUGGGGAGAAGUUCGAUGUGAUCAGAAAUCAAAGUUAAUUGGUGUAAAGUAGGCAGUAUAGAAGUUAUAACAUUGUUUAAUCUUCCGUUGUUUUAUUCCUUUGCUUUUAAUAAAUUGUUCAAAUCCAACAUAUGCUUAUGCCUGAUCAGAUGCUUGGCAGGAUAUGGUGCUCAGUAAAGAGACUCAAUUCAGUUUUAGAUAACAUCUUAUUUCAUUUCAUUUGUAAGCUUUCUUAGUCUGAAAUUUGGCUCAUGUUGAUCUGUGGGCCUUGAAUGGUCUUAUACCGCUGAGAUAUGUUCAUGCCAACCUAGGAAUGAUUGGGUUAACGUCUAAGGAUGGUUUCUUGCUGCGAGAAGGAUGAGGGGAGAUCUCAUUGAAACCUACAGCAAGUAAGGAUUUCAUUGUUCUAUCUGGGACAUAUGACAAUAAUACAAUCUUGACUCUUGACAAAGCACAAUUUCACCUCAGAAAGCAUAUCACAUUUUGCAGCAGGUUUUAUGAAAUUGCACGUUUCCCAUCUUGCGAAAUAUUCUGACUGUUUACGGGCUGCGUUACAGUUCUGCUUUUGUGUUAUUUCCAUUGUGAAAUAUGAAUAAAAACCACCUAUCCACAAUGUGUCUGUUCUCACACUUCACUAUCUCAGUGGGCCAGGGGAAAUGAGGAAUUCUCCUGCUUGGAAAUUGUAUUUCACCGCUUGUGUUGCACUAAAACUUUGUUGCAUUUCUCACAAAGCCGAACAUCUCAAAAGAUUGAAAAAUGACUGAGCAGUAGUGUUUUCCAAUCUGAGGUGCCCCCUGUACACAAAGAUGGCUGGCCAAGGAAAGUUUACAAAUUCAUACGUCUAUAAGUGAUAGGAACAGAAUAAGGCCAUUCUGCCCAUCAUGUCCACUCCCCCAUUCAAUUAUCUAUCUUUCACUCUUAACCCCAUUCUCCUGCCUUCUUCCCAUAACCCCAGAAACCCGGACUAAUGAAGAAGUGAGGAUGCACACACUGAGUAAAUUUCAUGUCCCUCCCCUCCUAAUUUGUUAGGGGAGAGCUGCAGAAUACUAACAAUCCCACCCUUUCAUGUGGACAGUUAUACACCCACACGCCUGCACGCGCACAUAGAAAAUAGGUGCAGGAGUAGGCCAUUUGACCCUUCGAGCCUGCACUGCCAUUCAAUAUGAUCAUGGCUGAUCAUCCAACUCAGUAUCCUGUACCUGCUUUCUCUCCAUACCCCCUGAUCCCUUUAGCUACAAGGGCCACAUCUAACUCCCUCUAAAAUAUAGCCAAUGAACUGGCCUCAACUACCUUCUGUGGCAGAGAAUUCCAGAGAUUCACCACUGUCUGUGUGGAAAAUGUUUUUCUCAUCUCGGUCCUAAAAGAUUUCCCCAUUAUCCCCCUUAUCCUUAAACUGUGACCCCUUGUUCUGGACUUCCCCAACAAGUCUUUCACAAUCAUUUCCCCCUUAAUUCACCCAGCGUGACGAGGAGUCUUAUAACUGCUUUAAAUACACAAUUAAACUAAGACUACUAUGUUGACUUCAGAAGAGGAGAGCUACGAAUCACUGAACCUAUGGAAGACACAAUGUGUCUGAGUAACCCAGCGGGUCAGGCACCAGCAUGUAGACAGGUUUGGAGAGAUAUGGACCAAAUGCUGGCAGGUGGGACUAGUGUAGCUGGGACAUCUUGGUCAGUGUGGGCAAGUUGGGCCGAAGGGCCUGUUUCUGCGCCGUAUCACUAUAUGACUCUAUGACUAUCUCUGGAGAACAGGGAUAGAUGGCGUUUUGGGACGGGGCCAUUCUUCAGAUCCCUAGAAUCAGUCUGAAGAAGGGUUCCAGCCUGAAACGUCAAUGGGGAAGUGUGGGAUGAAAUAAAUAUUUUCCACAAUGACAUGAGUUGAAUUUAUUGUCACAUUGUUUUGAUAAUCUCGUAGUGGUAAAUAUAAAAGGUAGCAGCAAACAGCAGACUGAAAUGAUGGCUGUGGGGCAUCAUAAAGCAUAAGGCAUUGUUAAAGGCAUUCGUCUAGGGUUGCAAACUGUCUCGUAUUAGCCAGGACAUCCCAUAUAUUGGGCAAAAUUGGUUUGUCCCAUAUGGGACCGCCCUUGUCCCGUAUUUGACUGCAACUAUUC